GAAGGGAACGCCGGCAGCGAAUACUACAAAUCGAAAAGCUCAAAUCUCAAAACUCAAGUCUGCUGCCUGUUGCGCUGCUCUGUUGUAGCAUUGACCUUUGAGCUGGUACAACGUCUGGCGCUGGCUAUCGAUGGCAAAGCGGACUCUUUCGUGCACAUGAAUCAGCUCUGGGCGCAGGGCGAGGGGCAGAUAAUAACAGAGCGUGCGUGCGAGCGAGAGGACCCAUGCAAAUCCCGCAAUAGCCCAAAACGCAAAGUCGGAUCCCACUAUCGAGUCGAUAAGCAAUCAGUUGAUACGUACAGAACACUUAUUGCCCGGCAAUAACAAUAACCGUAUUUAGUUGAUGUCAACUUGGCGACGCCUCAGUUUGUGUGUUGCAUUCGCUGCUGCUUCAGUCAAGGCCAACAACAUCAUGAACUUCCUGGUGCGCUUCAUUGUUUUUUGCUUCGAUCCGCUGGGUCUGGGACGACGCUUUUUGGUGCGGCCAGCCCUCAAUGUCGGCUGGAAUGUGUACGAUCGGGUGCGCAGCAAGGCGGACGAGAAGGUGGGCACUGUGCGGGAGCUGGUGCUGCGCCUGGGACUGAUCGCCUUUGCCGUCGUCCUGAUCAUCUGGCUGGCCGUGUUCAUGUACGCGGCCUUCUACUAUAUCUACAUGCCGGCCAUUUCGCACACGCGCCCCGUUCACAUGCAGUUCAAAACAUGCCUGGAGACGAGCACUCCCUGCACCUUCCCGCACGCCCACGUCUCGCUGACCAAGAAGCAACAGCUGCUGAUGGUGGGCCAAGCGUACAAGGUUAUCGUGAAUAUUGAUAUGCCCGAGUCGCCGCAGAAUCUUGAGCUGGGCAUGUUUAUGGUGUGCGCCGAGAUGCGCGACUAUGACUCUCUGCUGCGCGGCCACUCGUGCCGCUCGGCCAUGAUGCGCUACCGUUCGCCGCUCAUCCGAAUGAUAUCCACGUGGGCCCUCAGUCCGCUGUAUGUGCUCGGCUGGAAGGAGGAGUUCCAGCAGGUGCCGGUUGAGAUAUUCUCACGCUAUCUGGAGGAGCGACAGCAUCCCAUCACCGAUGUCUAUGUGGAGAUACAGUCGCAGAAAAUUCAGUUCUACACGGUCACACUGCACAUAGUGGCCGAUUUUACCGGCCUGCGCUACAUAAUGUUCAAUUGGCCCGUCCUCUCGGCCAUAGUGGCCAUUAGCACCAAUCUAUUCUUUAUAUUGGUCGUUUUUCUGCUCAGCUGGUACCACUGGUCCGACGCCAGCUGGCUGCACAGUCUGCAAAUCAAGUACGCACGGCUCACGAACACGCUGCAGUCCGGUGCAGGCAGUGUGAUCCUCUCCAGUACCAGCACGAGCAGCCUGCGCGACGACGAUCUUCUCUCGCUGGACGAGAAGUCUGACAUAGACGAUGUUGGCGGUGGCGAUGCCGAUGAUCUGAUGGUGGAAAAGUCCCUGGACAAGCACAGCCAGCAUGGACGGGACGCCAAGGAUGCGCUGCGUCAGCGCAAAACGAAACGGACCGACAAAUGAUGUCCGGUCCGCUCCCCCUCCGCAACGUGACGAAGGCAGAUCGAUGAGCAUCGAAAGCAGUAGCAGUAGCAGUAGCAGCAGCAGCAGCGAGCAGUACCGCCAAAGCGAUGCUUGAGCCAAAGACUAAUAGGUUUAGGAUUAACUUAGUUACUCUUACGAUGCUGCAGAGCAGCGACGUUUGCAUUCUAUCUGAAGUAUUCUGGCGCUCCUAUAAAUGCCCAACUCUAAUUGUAGUCACAACAAAAGAUAAAUAUGAAUACAUUUCAA